AUGGGUCAUGAAUUUGUCGGAGAAAUUAUUGAUGUCGGAUUUGAUGUAAAAAAUUUCAAGAAAGGUGACAAAAUCAUUGUACCAUUUUCAACAUCAUGCGGCAACUGUUUCUAUUGUGCAAAGGCACUUACUUCGCGAUGUGAAAAAGCUCAAGUAUUUGGAACACAUUCGCUCGAUGGCGGUCAAGCCGAAUAUGUACGAAUCCCUUUUGCUGAUACUACUGGGUUCUUGGCUCCAAAGGAAAUAUCUGAUGACCUAGCAUUUCUUAUGGCUGACAUAUUUCCUACCGGCUAUUUUGCGGCAAAGAAUGCGUGGACAUUGCUUAGUGAUCAGGAGCGUCAAGAUCCAAAUCUAAUCGUAUGCGUCAUUGGUUGUGGGCCUGUUGGUUUGUGUGCUAUUACUGCGGCUUGCGAUCGUUUUCCAAUUGUGUAUGCAAUAGACAGUGUUGAAGAACGUCUCGAUGAGGCCAAGAAACAUGGUGCUAUUCCGAUCAAUCUCAAUAAUGAUCCUGUAAGUGUAAUCAAGAAUGUAACUGAAGGUCGAGGAGCUGAUGCUAUAUUAGAAGUGGUCGGGCAUGCUGAUGCUUUGCAAUUGGCUUACGAUCUCAUUCGUCCAUGGGGCGUUAUCGCCUCUGUUGGCGCACAUCAAGAUGCUUUUCCGUUUAGUGGUCCUCAAGCCGAUCUCAAUCUUCCUGUGACAGUGGCUGUUGGUUAUCUGGAGAAAUUAGCAUUAACUAUUCCAUGGAGGAAUCUUCAUACUCAUUCAACGAAAGUACACAUCGAUGGACUUUAUAUUUUGAUUGUGCCCAAAAAUGAAUUUGGCCAAGAUUUAACCGAAUAUCAUACACACAAAAUGAGACGAGUACAACGUAAAGUCGACGAUCUAAGAAAAGCAAUGAUAGAGAAUAAAAAGUUGGAUGAGAAGGAAAUGACAUUUUUUGAACGGAUGCGCUUACAAAUAAUGCAAAAUAUCGAACUCGUUGUUGAAAAUCUGCACAUUAGUUACGAAACAAAAUCGACAACUAAACUGGGACAUCCAUUUUCAUUCGGAGUGACACUUCAUUAUCUCAAAUUAACCACAGGAAACGAUAUCAGAACAAGACAUCGAACAAAAGAAAUAAUGCCAAUCAUCUACACACUAAAGGAAAUUAACUCAGUAUCAAUCUAUUGGAAUACAAGAUGUGAAUCGAGAGUUAGCAUGCCAUUUAAUAUUGUUGUGGAUGAUUUAAAAUCAAAAAUAGUGACGACAAAUUCCGAAGCAAAAGAUAAUGAGAUGAACUAUAUUUUAUAUCCUGUUGAUGUUGUUAUUAAUAUGGUCAUUAUGAUAACAUCGGGUGAACAUGGUUUUGAUCGAUCUACAUUUAAUAUAAAUGCUGUUAUUCAACAAAUGGCUCUCCAUAUUGAUUUAAAUCAAUUUUCGGAUGUAUUUGACUUUGGAAAAUUUCAAAAUUAUAGUACACUUUACGAACGAUGUCGUGAAUAUCGUCAAUUGCAUUUACAAGAAUCACUUGACGAUACUAUGUUGACUCAAGAACAAAAAGAUCGUCUUAAGAUUCUUGAAUCAAAGUUAGAUGUAUUCAAUUUGGCAUACAUUCGUCAUAGUGUUGAAAUCGAGAUUCAGAAUAAAAUAAUGGCCGAUUCAUCAUUCGAACAUAUUCAUAAAAACAAUUAUCAUCGAUGGAAUUCGUGGUGGAGAAAAAAACAUAAACAUAAUCAUGAUGAUAGAAAAAUGUCAAUAACAACAUCAGAAUCAUAUCAUGAUGAUGGAUUUAGUUUUUAUUUUGAAGAUUUAUCAAAUAUAAUUAUUGAUAUAACAAUAAAUAAACUUGAUUUAAAUUUAGUAUCAUCAUUAAGAAUUAAUACUGCUUGUUCAUCUCAAUUAAUGAAUAAAGUAAAUCGUGAAAUAUUAGCUCAAAUUAGUGUUGAUGAUGCAAAAAUAAAUGCUAUCAAACGAUCUAUUUCAUCGAGUUUAUUAUUUCAAUUAACUUUUCCAUACUUUCGAUUCUAUGGUAUUCAAAAUAAUAUAACAAAUUCUCGUUUAUUGGUUCAACCAAUCUCAAAAUGUCAUUCUCCAUUAAUGUACAUUCAAUUUGAAUUAUUUCCAAUAAAUAGAAAAAGAUCUGAUUACCGUUUUCAUUUAAAUAUUCAACCAAUAAGAUUCUUUUAUGAUGCUGAAACGUUUAAUCGUAUUGCUGAAUGUUUUGAACAGAAUGUAAAUUUGAAUUCAUUUUUAUUGUCUGAAAUAAAACAUCGUACAAAUGCAGAAAUGGAAUUUGAUCUUUCUUGUCAGAAAGUGUUUGACUUGACAAUUGAAUUAAAGAAAAUUUCAAUUAUUUUUCCAGAAAAUGGUUUUUACAAAGAAAAUUGUUCAUUGAUUCAUAUUGACUUCAGUCAAUUAAUAUUAAAAUCAUGUUUAGAUGAAAAUCAAAUUGCUUCUCAGGCAAAACUAAAUGAAGAACAUUUCUAUGUGAAAUAUAAACUUGCGAUCAAUGAUCUUCGAAUGUUAUAUUUUAAUUCAGAUGGAUCAUAUUUGAAUUUGUUACAAAAAAUUCCAUUAAUUGAUAUUGAUUUUUUUAAAUGUAUUUAUUCAGAUGAUGCCAUUUUAGACGAUUGGCAUAUUCAUUUAAAAAUGAAUCUAAUUCGAGAAAUUCAAAUUUCAAAUAAAAUUUUUCAAAUAAUAAUUGAUCAUUUUAAAUCAAUUCCACAAUUUAAUUCAACAAUAUCUGAAAUUCUUUAUAGAAUAAAUCUUGCUUUUGAAAUUUUUCGAGCUAAUGCGAGUCUUAAAGGAAGUAUUUCAAUUGAUUCAUGUCUACUUAUUAUUCUAAUUAAUCCAUUAAUAUUAAUUGAAACCAAUUUAUAUAUUUCUAUAUCAAAAACAAGAAAUAAUAUCCAAAAAAUAAUCGUCAUCUUAAAAAAUUUAACAAUGAAAACGAAAAAAUUAUCUCAUGUAUUUUAUCUAAACAAACAUCUUCAAUUGAAUUAUACUAAUAAUUCUACAAGAUUACAAUUAACAGAUCAAACAUAA